AUGUGUGAACAGAGACACUGCACAUCAGCCUCCAACGUCUACUGCAAGAAAUGCUACGACUUCUUCAAGCGAUACAACGGCGCCAAAGAAUGUCAGCGGAGCUGCAGAGAUGGUCUCACCAAGUACUGCUCGUGCGAAGCGGAGUUUAUCAGAGUUUCAAGUUCUAGUGAAACGUCGUGUCAACCAACUAAGAAACCAUCUAUCACAACAUGUGACACUGUGGCUUUUGGACCAAAUGGUGAAAAGAAAAGAGCAAAUUCCUCGAGCAGUUCAACUGAGUGUUCGCUUACUACUUUAUCAACAAACAGACGACUUACAGAUAUUAAUUCGAGCCAGGAUGUUAGGAGGGUUUUUCAUAAUUCACAUAAGCUUACGACUACAUACACACUCGCAAAUGGACAGGCGUUGUGUUUGAAAUACGAAGUUAAAGGUGGUGGUUACUUGAAAGCAAUCGAUACGAGAAAAAAAACCCGCAAAGUUGUCAAGGCUAAGCCUUACCACAAAACUGUAGAACAACAAACAGUUUGCUAUCGAUUUGACAGCCACCCACCUGAACACUGUUCAAAAUUAUCGAGAUGUGGCAUUGAACCUCUCCAUCUCGACAAACAAAUAACGCGAUCAUAUCUCCACAACGUCCAGUUUCACGGUUGGGUGGAUCCUGUUCCUCCUUGGGGAGCCUCGCGCACAGCUUCAUCCAUAGAGAGCUACGAAAUUCGGGUAAAUGAGGUUUUGCCUUCGAAAGGGACAUUAAUGGUAGGUUACUUAAAAACCAUAAAACAUUCAAAGGUUAAACACACAGUUAAAAACAUGGAUCUAAAUCUUAUUUCGGACAAACCUAGGCUCUAUUGUUUUACAUUGGAGGUUAAGGAUGUUGCGGACAAUGUUCAACAGUGUCGACGCUUUGUUCUAUUUGAUAACACUUCGUCCAUUCAAAUUUGGAAAGGAAAGCCAUUUAGAUUUACAUCUGCCUCACCUGAAACGGAUUACACAUGGCAAACCCAUCACAACGAUAUCUGCAUAAGCUGGAAAGAUUACUUUUACAACGAUUUCUACAUACAUAAUGAACUUCUGAAUCCUAUUGAGACUGCCCCGCAUGGUCUCAUUGCCGGCUCAUACGAGCAUUUAAAUGGAGAAAUAUCUGUCUUUGGGACAUCGAAUGUGUAUGGUAUUAUUUCAUACCAUAUAUCGUGGAGCCUGAAUCAUGGUCCAUUCUCAGCAGAUAAACCUGUCCCUUCAUUAAAAAAUCAAUCCUUUUGCAAGGAUUUGAAUGUUGAAGACGGCGAUACAUACACACUGAACAUAAAGGCUAUUGAUAUAGCUGGAAAUACCCUUAGCGAUUACCGAACUGUAUAUAUUGAUCGCUCAACGCCACAUCUUAAUAACAUUUGGCUUGAGAAAGAUGGAUACGAAAUGCUUUAUGUACAUAAUAGCACGGACCUGUCCAAAAUGAAGAUGAUGUUUGAUGCUCUUGAUCCACAUAGUGGGUUAUCUAAAAUACACUGGACAUUUGGAAUAUCCGACGCAAUGACCGAGCUUAUAAGUGAGCACCUAGCUAUUAGGACCAUAAAUGAUUCAUGCACAACCACACAGUGCUACUGUCCGGACAUUGGUGAAUGUGCAUUUUUCAACUACACAAUACCACUCAACAAACUAAACGUUAAGGACUUACACAUUGGCAAUCACAAUAGAAACUAUUAUUUCACCAUAAAAGUAACAAACAUGGCCGGGCUUUCAACAACGGAACACAUUGAUGUGCUUGUUGAUGAGUCGCCUCCUUCAAAGGGUGUUGUUAACGAAGGUCCAGAAGAUUCUCCUGAUAUUGACUAUACAAGUGGCGAUUCCAUUCUCGUGCACUGGCAUGGUUUUAUUGACCACGAAAGCGGCAUCAAACUGUACAGAGUUGGAUUGUCCGACAGAUGUCUGAGUACACAAGACUUGUACAACUUAACAGAAGUACAAAGUACUAAGAUUUUCAAGGAGCUUCCUUUCACGGAAAAGUCAGUCCGAGUACCAACGACUUUUACCGGAAAGCGAUUUGUGACUGUGAUUGCCCUAAAUAAUGCGAUGGAACCCUCAAAACCUGCGUGUUCCGAUGGAAUAACCCGUGACCUUUCGCCGCCAGAAUUUAGAAAUAUGACCUUAAAGCAUGGUUCAUUGCAAGAAAGCCUACUAUGUUUACACGGCAAAGUAUAUUUAAUGCAGGAAAACAUGCACAGCGAAAUACUGCACAACACAUCCAAUUGCCGUAGUAUUUGUGCUGCCAAUGUGGAAUCGCAUAAGGUUGCCGAAAUAUAUCCGAUACAUGAAACUAAAGGAAAGGAUGAAGAUAUGUCUUCGUUUCUUUGUGGACAAAAACCCAUGUACACAAACGAAACAGUCAUCUAUCUUCCCAAUGAUAAUAUAUAUACCACUUGGGAUAUUGAGGAAUACGAAAGCCAAAUUGAUGAUUUCUUCGUUGGAUUAGGAUUGAGUUCUACUGAAACUCAGAGCCCGUCCAUUGUAGAUUAUCAGUCUACACAAAGGAAAACUUUUUUCAAACGUAGACAUGAAGGCAUAAGUUCCGACGAGUUAUUCUACAUUUUCGUGAAAGUAAUCAAUAAAGCUGGUUUGGAGAGAAUCGCAACAAUAGGUCCGCUACUCAUUGAUCAAACUCCGCCUUUGAAUGGAACCCUUCCUCAAGUUAUUGUUGAAUCUGAGCACAUUGUAUUUGGAUGGGAUAGCAAAACUUUCUAUGAUGAAGAGCAGACUGCACAAAUCGAUCAAAUAUAUUUCCAAGUUGCACAUGACGCUAUUGCUGUUACACCGUAUCUGGAAUGGCGUCUAGACACAUCACCCCCGUGCCCUUCGUACUCUGGUGGAUGCUUUAGAUAUUCCCUACGCCGUUUACAGUUACAAGAUACGGACAAUAACCUCGAGUUUUACAUUAACAUGCAUGUGUACAACAAUGCCGGUCAUUAUCUUUCUCUAGAAAGUCAACCCUUUCAGCUCCCAUCAAGAUAUCCUCCCGGACAAACUGUUAUAUCUGAUAUAGAUCCCUCAGUAAAUAACAGUGAUAUGGACGUUGAUGCUCAUUUUACGACGAAAGUGUUAUGUGCAAGAUGGAAAGAUUUUUUACAUCACGAGAAUUUAACUUUAGAAGUAGGAGUAGGACUAUCAAAUGCUAUUGAUGACGUGAUAAACUUUCAACUCAUAAGCAACAGCAACUCGUUUUGCAUACACUCAAUUGAUAUCCGAUCAAAUAUCAAAUACGUUUUUUUGCUAAGGUCAUCCAGCACCGGAGGAAUCUCGGUUUCUUUUUCUGAUGGCAUAAUGGUUUUAGAUAAAGAUGAAAUAACGCAUUCACUGUCCGUCAGAAUUGGGUAUGACUGUUCCAUUGAAGUUGCAAAUACAUACGAUGUUACCUUAGCAAACAACCCAGCGCGUUUGACAAUUCUAAAACCGCUGCUUGUCGGACAACGUUAUAUCAUCAACAUUCCAAACAAAGCAGUUGUAACUUCAGAAGAUGGAAUUGUUUCAACAGAGGGCAAGGACACUUUCAUUAGACCAUUUAUAAUUCACAGUUCGGAUGUUGGCGACAUGUAUACGUUCUUACAUGACAACGAACUUGACUUUGGAACUCGUAAAUUUAGGCCAGCCGCAGCAGUUAUGCACGCGAAUGAGCGUAACGUAUCUUGGUAUUUGAUGACAUCAAGACAUGUACCCGAUAGUUGCGACACAGAUGUAUCAUGUUUAAAAGAAAAGGUCACAUCGGAUGGUUUUGCUAUUUUCGAAGAAACCGAUGUGUUUCUUGACGCAACAUUCUAUAUGUGUGUUUCCUCGAACGCGACGGUUGUUGAAAGGGAGUGGUAUACAGAAUCACUUGACGAAAUUAGGUCUUGCAGUGACGGAUUUAUUUUAGACAACACUGCCCCCAUCCCUGGUAAUAUUGAUAUUCAAAACGUCAAUAGGUAUAUAACUGACAUUGAACAUGCUGUUAUCACAUGGGAUUCGUUUCAUAAAGAAACAGGGGCCACUCUUCUAGGAUAUCCAGAGGACAUACAACAUUACUCCAUCGGCGUCGGCUCCAGUCCGAAUCGAGACGAUAUUUUUUCGUUUCGUAACACAGGACGAGAAAGGGCUGUCAUGUUAUCUCUAACUGGCGUUGUUGAUGGCACUGCUGUUUAUUUUACUGUAAACGGAUCUGACCAUUUUGGACUUUCUUCAGUGGUUGUUUCCACAGAGUUGGUCACGGACACAUCGCCACCAACGGAGGGAAUUAUUCACUUUGACCAACACCAUGCAUAUUACACCAGUGACACAAUAAGCAUAAGACUUGUUGGGUUUCAUGACGAUCACAGCGGUAUUAGUUAUUACAACGUCGGAAUCGGAUCGAGCAGCAUCAUGGUCGAUACCUUAUCUAUGACAAAGUAUUAUACAGAUCAUUUCAAUAUUGAUCUUCAUUAUUCGAAUAUCCUAGAAGGCCAUGAAUACUUUAUUUUGGUGCAGGCGAUCAACAGGGCAGAUAUUCCGAGUGCAAUCGUGUCAAAACGAUUUGUCUUAGAUAGAACACCACCUCAUGGAGGACACGUUUUGGAUGGAAACUGGGAAAGCAAGAUAGACCUUGACUAUCAAUCAGACAUAUACACGAUCCAUGCCAACUGGAAAGGUUUCUCAGACAUUGUAAGCGACAUAGACUAUUUCAGUGCAGGACUUGGAACAACCCACUUCGCUACGGACGUGCGGUCGUUUACAAACGUUGGGUUGAAGCAAGAUAUUUUUUGGAAUGGUCCGUUUAUUCCGGGAGAUAAAUAUUAUACAACAGUAGAAAGCUGUAAUAAAGCUGGCCUUUGUACACAAAGAUCGUCAGAUGGAAUAAUACUGGACAAUUCCCCACCAAUUAUGGGCCGUGUACAAGCAGGGUCUGGUAUCCAUCACAGCAGAUAUGUGCCAUUAAACACCUCACUGAGACUACAGUGGGCUGGAUUUCAGGACCCUCAGUCAGAUAUCGAUCAUUUUGAAGUGUGUUUAGGACGACAGAAAAACAUGUGUGACAUUGUUCCGUCAUCCAAUGCCCUUCUACACUCUUAUAUGAUAAAGUCUAGUAUAGCUCUGCCCAUAAAUCAGCCAUUUUUUGCAACUGUUUGGGCCUUCAAUGGAGUCGGAAUGAAGGUUUCAAGUGCAUCCGAUGCGAUUUUCGUGGACAUUACAGCUCCGUACAACAAAAUAAAACCUUCGAUAUUGCUUGAUUAUAACACUGUAAAGGAUAAAAGCGCUCAAUGGGAAAAGUCAAUUAUUAGAGUUACUUGGGAAUUUUUAGACGACGAAAGCCCGAUACUUAACCACGAGUUAUCACUCUUUACCCAUCAUGAAGGACACACACCAGUUGAAAAAAUACAUCUCGGGUCGGAAAAACACUUCACUAUUAACUUAGAUGGAAGGAAAUGGCUGCAUAAUGGUGACACAUAUUUUGUUGUCAUUACUAGUUGUAACGCAGCAGGGCUUUGCUCAACAGAGAGAACAAAUGAUAUUCUUAUCGACUCUACUCCACCUCACCAGGGUGGUCUGAAACCACAAAUGCUUUGGGAAAAUUAUAGAGAUACCAGUGGAAUCCACUCCAAAAUCUCAUUGACUUGGUAUGGUUUCUACGAUCAGGAAUCUGGUAUUGAUAGAUAUUUUAUUACUGUUUCAAGAUAUUUCAGUAAGCAGGAACUCUCUGGUGGUGUCCUCAUCCAAAAACAUGAUAAAACUUCUGAUAAACAACAUGGAAAUUUCACACUUCAAGAAGCUUUAAAACCUGAUAAUCUUAUAAUUGUUUCUGUCUGGACUGCAAACGGUGUAGGAUUAAACAGCUCGGUUGCACGUGUAUCCCUAUUUGCAUUGUCAAGUGUGACAUCGGCCGUUAUUAUUGAAAAUCAGCGGGGAAUACUCGAACUAGAGAAGCACUCUUGUGGCGUUCAUUUUUGCAACAAGGACUGCACAUGCGCUGUAGUUGGAAAGCCAUGUAUUGAAGUUGAAACAAAUAUGUCGUGCGUCGAGAUUGAUGCAUUUAACACGACUGAUAACGAAGUGGCACGGUUUGCAGUUUUUGGAGGCCUUCAGUUUCAGCCUUUGACUUUAACAGCAUCAUCAGCUUGUCUUGCCGGGCACUGGACUCAGAUCGAACACUCGAGAAAGGAUCCAGACAUUCAUAGAUUUGAGUGGAGUAUUGGAAUUCACAAUCAGCCGCAUGGAGAAGGGAUUUUCGAUUUACAAAAGGAGUUUCCCUGGGUUGAUAUAGGUUUGCGACAAGAAUUUGUUCACUGCUUGCCUAUCAAUAGAUCUCUUAUUCAUGGCGAGCUCUAUGACAUAUACGUUAAAACUUGGUAUGGACCAAAUAAAUCCGCCAUAUUUACGUCGGAAUCUAUUAAAAUUGAUCAAACUCCCCCAAGUGUGCGUAGAGGACGAUAUAUUAUCGAAGACUGGACGGAUGAGAUUUCGGCGUGUUGGUCCGGGGUCUUUAGUGAGCAACAGAGCCAUAUACAACAUUACUCAGUUGCCUUAGGAACUUCACCAAACGUUGAUGAUGUAUUUGCAUCAGCGAAUAUGGGAUUGAAAACAAAUAUUUCCAUCGGUAAUCUGACUUUGGAGCACGCCGUUAGAUACUAUUUUACUGUCACUGCCGUGAAUACUGCAGGGCUUCACACUUCGGUUUCGUCGGACGGAUUUAUAAUCGAUACGACCCCACCAUCAGAUGGCGUUGUUUAUAAUACAAAUGCGUAUAAAAACGUUGCAUACCAAUCAUCCGUUACAUCUCUAGGACUUUCGUGGCAUGGGUUUCAGGACCAUUGUUCAGGAAUAAACAGUUACUAUGUUGCUGUUGUGGAAAAUCAAGUGCCUCCUUAUUCUAUUACGAAUUUUACACAAGUUUAUCUCAUGACGAGUUUUACCAUCAAGGAUUUAGAUAUGAUUCCUGGCAGCGUUUAUUACGGUGUGGUCAAGGCCAUUGAUGCCGCGGAACAUGAAAGUCAUCUUAUUGUAUCACCAGGUGUCAUCAUCGAUCCUUCUCCACCCAAAGGCUACUAUUGUAACCAGUUUGAACUUACGGAUGUCAUUGAAUUGUUGGACGAUUCGAAGGUUAAUGGGACGAAGACAAUUGUUGCAAAAUUAGACAAAGAUACCGUAUACAGAAUUGAAGGGUCUAUUAAAAAUACUUUUGUAGACUCAGUUAUUCUUCAAAUCAAUCGUUUCAUGACCAGACUCCAAACUGCUCUGAAUCAUAAACAAAUUGCUGAAUUUUCAUAUACGUUUGAGUCAAUGGAAAAGGGGGCCCAGAAUAUUACCAUUAGUGUUGAAAAAAAUAAUAAUAAUUUCACUAACAUCUUAGAAACAACUCAUUUACAAAGAUGUGCGUCUAUUAUUGAAAACAACGCAAAAGCUCUUCAUGUUCGGCAAAUAAGACAUGAUUCUGUAGCUGUUACUGCUAUGAUUCAGGAUAAAGAAAGUGAUCUGAAAAUGGUACAAAUUGGUGCAGGUACCACACCUGGAGGGCUUCAAAUUCAGCCAUUAACACAUAUUCAUGUUGAUAUAAUGAGUGUGGUUAUUAAAGGUCACCUUGUGCAUGCGAUGAAAGUAUAUACGACGAUUAUUGCUGAGAAUCAUGCAGGCCUGAGAUCAGUUUUCCAGUCAACAGAACCAAUUAUUAUUGACCAUACUUCUCCGAUUAUCACUGAUCUGGAGGCUUUAGCAACGGUAGUCUAUGUCAAUGAGUCGGGUGAAAUAGAUUCAAGAGUUCAGAUCAAUGCAACCUGGAAUGCGCAAGACGAUGAGAGCGAUAUUAUACAUUGUACUUGUUCUGUUGGAAUGUUUCCAAACAAAGACGAUGUACAAGACAAAUGGUUUGCGGAUACUCUGUCAGCGUGUGAGUCGAACCUUCUACAACUUAAACACGGCGAUAAGGUGUACGUCAAUAUCAACUGUGUCAACAAUGUUGAACUAGCAACGACGAAAACUGUAGCUUCUAAUACCGUAUCCAUGGAUUUCAUUACUUCAAACCAAGUGACAGUUAACAUAUUACCAGUUAACGAAGGUCUGUUCAGCUCAAUGCUGCUUACUGUAGGCCCGGUUAAAUUACAAUCAAACACAUCCUUGGUGCAAAUCAGUUGGUCAGGAUUCGAAGAUACAUCCGGUAUUGACUUUUACGAAUAUUGCAUAUCGGACGAAAGAAAUGCCACUAUUGUAGACUGGACAAAUGUUCACUUGAAGACGGUGGCAAGUGCUCGCGGGCUAACAUUACACAAUACAGAAACAUUGAACGUAAGCGUCAGGGCUACAAACACCGGACAGCAUAGAAGUGAGGCCGUUCAUGCUUCCAUAUCCAUUAUCAGUCAGCCUCCAGCUUUGUCAGGAAGCCCUAUACUUGUAACUCGAAACGAGCAUCUUAUUCACAUCGACUGGGAACAGGCCUUCGAUACUCUUCCGGAAAUUCCAGUUGUUUGCAGCCUCGUUGUGGGAUCCGGAGAAGGAUUCACCGACAUUUUGGAUAUCAACUAUUACACCGGACAUACAUAUGAUAUUGUGGCUCCAUCGUCUACGCUGAUUUCCCCGAAGAUAACAGAGUUGUUCUUUACUAUAGCAUGUACUUAUCCAACAGGGAUGUCCAGCGUGUACAGGACAAUAUUCACAUUGUAAUAAUUUACUUGCUAGUUGCAACGCUUGGUUUUUGCAAAGCUAGUGUUUUUGUUAUUACAUUUCAUAGUGUUGCUUUCAGUAUAUUUAUAUAAAUGCCUUAAUAUUGUGUGGGGUCGUUACUCUUCUUCAUUGUUAUCUUAACCAUUGUUGUUCGAUGCAGGCGGAAAACCGUGGACUAGUUACUUUUACACUAUUACGUCUAACUAUAUUGGUUUAUAAAAAUACGUUGUAUUUGUACACGUUUGCCGUGAUUUACUUUCAAUCUUUACAUGCUGUUCGGUAUUUACAUACUAAAUUGAGUCGCGGUUUGUGUUGCUUCCGUU